AAGGCCUUUCAUCUCUUUCGCUGCGGUUCAUUUCUAGUGUUUCUAGUUUCCUUGGGAUCAUGGGCAACGGUGCGAAGGCGCAGCAGAAGCGGGAGAGAAAUCAAGCAAAGGCGGGCUCGACAGCCAAGAGUCAGAACAAGGUUAACGAAGCAGCAAAAAACAUCAUCUGUAUGACGUGUAGACAGACCUUCUUGCUGACAACCCGUGCACCAGCGCUCGAAGAACAUGCCCAGAACAGACAUGGAAAGACCAUGGCCGACUGUUUCCCUAAUGCUCCAAAGUAGCACUGUCCGCGGCGACACCGCGCCUCGCUCUUUUUUUUCUCGUGGAUUUACUCCGCUCUGGAGUCUGCUUGCUAUAGAUUAGUCGCUGUCGUGUUUUGCCUUUUCAUGUGUGUGGGAGUAGCAUUGUGGGAGACGGUGAAUGUCGACAUAUGCAAUAGAGCUGCUAUACGCAG